AUGGAUCCCAGGCUCGAAAAGCUCUUUGCUCACUUUACCCGGAUUUCUUUCUCGAUAACCGACAACAUAUCCCCGUCGACAUUUAACAUCGAAAAUACGAUGCAUGAUUCAUCUCGACUGAUACCAUAUGCCAAAGAUCACGACCGUCUACAACUUGCACUCCUCUGCGUUGAAAGCGAGAUCCACCGUUAUGAAGCCGAUAUAGCUAGUCUUAAGGCGCUCCGAGAGGAAGAAGAAGUUAUACGAAAAAGCCUCAAAAGUUUCUCCGAUAUUCGGCAAGCCAAGAUAAAGGAAUACAUGGACGAAUUUCAUCCCGCCGAGUACGUAGAUUCGACUGGAAAGGUAGUCGUUUUUAGUCCCAGGACACCGUGGAUCCAAAACAAAGGCCCGAAGGAAUCGACAGGAAGAGACGAGCAGACGCAGGAGUUUCCUUUUACCAUGGAGGGGAUUGGCGCGGACGUUUUGGCCGCCGUUUUGGAACGCAUAAAAAAAGCUGAGGAUGCAAAAAUCAAAUAUAACGAACGUGUUGCUCAGAGAGAAGAACUUAUAAAGUCAAUUGAAGAAUUGUAUGCAACCGCGUUCGAUGGAAAUACUCCUGAAUUUCCUCAUGAAGACCAGCUUGAAUUACUUGUCGAAGUAGCUAAAAUUGCGGUAAAGGGAGAACAAGCCGCUCUUGAGAAACUGGACCAAGAUGGGCUCCUUAAAUUAGAGCAUGUCGCAAGGGAAGCAAAUAUUCAUUUGAGUGAUAUUUUUGAAAAGAUUAUUGAUAUGUGCGAAGAUCUCGAGACCCAGUCUUGGUCAUUACCUAGGGUCUACAUAAUAAAAGAGUUCUGGAAGAUCAAUAUGAUCGACCAAUGUCGAUUGGCUGCACAGCAGUGCCAGACGUGGAAAAGGCUGACCCAGCAGUACUUUGAUGAGCAUUCUGAUCCAUUGUUCUCAGAGCAUGUUCUAGACAAGAUUCCUCAAUUCGAAGCUAUGGAAUUGGCUGGAUUAUUCUCUCGGGUGACACCCAAAGAACAUGUGAUUGAGAAAGCAAAAGAUAUAGGAUUCAAGCUUUCCAGCGACGCUUACUAUGCAAGGGCCGAGAUUGAGGAUGCAGUGAAGCGGAUCGAGGGAUUAAGGUUACGGGCUGAGAAAUCAGUUACAGUAGCCGAGAAAGUGCUCGAACUCCGACGUCGCCAACUUAAUGCUGCACGAAGCCAGAUCUUGGAUCAUGUAAUUGACCCAAAUAGGUGUCCCGUUGAACAAUUGUCUGAGCGCCUUCCCGGAUACCCAGAGCUGGUCACGAUACACGGCUUAUCCCAGUUCCACCCUAUGGUCUCUCGUUUAUUAUCAAAAGCCGAGACAUACUCGAUAAAUGCCUACGUUAGGGAGAUCGUCCAGUCGCGAUUGAGUCGGAUUCGAAGGACAACGUGUCCUACUGCUCUUCUCCCCACACGAUACCAGCCCCCCACGUAUGACGAACUCGAUGAUCCCGAUGUCUUUAAUCGACGCAAUCAGAUUGAGGUUCCUCCUAUAGAUGGGGAGGCUCCAACAUACUCUGAGGAGCCGAACUAUGGAGGGAGGAUUCAGGUGGAUGCGAAUGAACUGACGCCAAUCGUCCAACGAGAGCUGCAGGAAACUCUCUCCGAAGCACGGGCGCAACUUGGGCUCGGGAACAGUCCGCCGCCAGCGGAUGAAGUUCAAACUUUAAUAAUGUCGUUGGUGGAUAUGCUAGGGGUCGGGGAUAGACCCGCACCUGUCCGAAUUAUGCGCUUUUUGUAA